AUGUCUGCGGAUGAGUCUGAAGGCGCGUCGGCGGAGAGUAAAGUGUGGCGGUGGCUCGGAGGCAGCGGCGCCACCGAUGACGGCACGCAGGGAGCGGGCGCGGCGGAGGCGGAACGGCCGUUCUGGUACCGCCUGCUGGGGUGGGAGCGGCGAGCCACGCCGGCGGCCGCGGUUGCGACGGGGAACGGCGGCGAGGAGUCGGGUAGUUGUGGCGAGGAGUUGGACAGUCGCGGUAAUGGCGGCGGCGGCGCGGAGGGCGUUAUGGCGCCGGCGCUGCUGUCCAUGUCGAGAUGGCUGCCGCACGGGACGGGCCGCGAGAGCAAUAUCGAGUUGGAGCCUAUAACGGAGCAGUGGACGGAGGAGUGCAACGGGCAGCGCAGCAUGCGAUGGGGCACAGAAUCGCGUGUUGACUCUGGCACCCACACACCAGGCUCCCAAAGCCACCAUGGCUCCGCGUUUGACGCUGCAGCUUUCGAGGCCAGGCUCAUGAACGAACCACUCAUCGCCGACCCUACCGUCGCUGCUGCCACCGCUGCUGCCACCGAGCCUCCGCCGGGCCUGCCGAGUUGGCUCCGGGAGGUGGACGUAGGUUCGGCGAGCACAGGCUUGACGCCGCACGUCCGGUUCGACGACUCUGGUUCCAAUCCGUCCCAGGACAUGGACGGUCCCGAACCUGUGCAUGAGGCUCGGGCCGAGCCUCCGCCGCGUUUGGAUCAGCGAACGAAGCUCACGCUUGCGCUCGACGCCGCAGGGGAGCACGACGAGGAUGGCAUGGGGGCUGAUGACGUGGACAGAGACAAGCCAAUCGGAUUCCUUGACAUUAAGGACGAGUUGAGGGCCAGUCGUGUGGAAGCAGCGUUUGCGGCAGCAGAUAGGAACGAGGAGCGGCGAGGGAGGGGGGUGUUCCGUGCGAGUGAGAGCAGUGGGAGCAGUGUGGGCGGCGGGCGAGGCAAGGAGUGGGAGAGACGAGGGGCGGAUGGGGAGGAGGAGGACGAGGAUGCUUCUGAGCAGUUUCUGUUGGACAAGGAGGUUGUGCAAGCCAUGUACGAUUCAGUAACACACAUGCAGUGGCUGACGGAGAACUUCAAGAACCUGCUCGCCUUCUCGCUCUACACGUGCCUCUACCUCACCGUGCUCUACCUGCAAGCCGACUCCUCGCGCAACUACGAGGUCGCCACCUCGCACAACAUCCUGCUGCCGCCCGGAGUGUCAGGCGCAGUGACCAACACGCUGAGUGGACCAGAGGACUUCUACACCUGGCUCAACGACACCAUUCUCCAGGUGGUAUGGAAGGACCCCCCUUGUGGCAACGGGGUGUGUGAGCGCCCUUUGGAGUUCCCAGCCUUUGGCCGCUUUGGCUGUGAGGCGGACUGCGGGGUGCUGCCCGCCCUGCGCCCGCUCACGCUGCGCCUCUCCUCCGCCUUCGCCUCUCUUGAAUACGCCCAAGCCUCCUCCUGGAACCUCUGCCCUCAGGGCCUGCCCUCCCUCUGCUGGUAUGAGGCUCCUCAGGUGUUUUCCCAGGUGGCGGCGGAGUGGGAGGAGACAGUGUGGGUACCGGAGGGCGACUGGGAGGUGGUGCUCUCUGCGCCCUUUGGAGGGGUCGCUGGCCUCGUCUACCCUGCUGCUCAAUCCUCUCAAUCUGCUGACCUGCCCAUCAACUCGCCUGGUUACUUUGGCUCAUCCUCCUCCUCAUCCUCCUCCUCCUCCUCCUCCUCCUCCUCCUCCUCCUCCUCCUCCUCCUCCUCCUCCUCCUCCUCCUCCUCCUCCUCCUCCUCCUCCUCCUCCUCCUCCUCAUCCUCAUCCUCCCCUCAGCCCAUAGCCCAGUGGGGUGGCUGUCAGGAGGCCACCACCUCGCCGCUCACGUGCUGCCGAUCCGCGUGUGCGGUGUUGGCACGCUGUGUGCUCGAGGCGUGCCCCGACCCGCUCUCGCCGCGUGUGCUAGCAGCCGUCUUUGUCGACUGCGCAGCCGCCUGCAACGACCCGCCACACGCGCCGCCCGUCCCCGCCCACAACCUCACCUGCACACAGGCCCUAGGAGCCCUGCCACCGGACUUCUCAACCUACCUCUGUGCUGGCGCAUCCGCUGCUGCUACAGCCGCCUCCGCUGCUGCUACAGCCACCUCUGCUGCCGCAUCCGCUGCUGCAGCCUCCAGAAGACUAGCCAAGGUGAGCACAAGGCGUUUGCGUCCUCUCCUUCACAGCACUCAGCUGACUGUGCGGCGUGUGCCACCCAUGCGUCUCAUGCCACCCGUCUGCCUCGUGUCCUCCCCUGUCCCGUGCCGAGGCAUUGAAAAGAUUUUUCCCAAUACUCACUCACCCACUCACCUGCCCCCCUCUGGCACCACACACCUGCCCCGUGCCCUCUCCCACCGCGCACCUCCUCCCAUCUCUCCUCUUCUCCCUCUUCAUUGCCUCCCUUUGCUCCCCCAUUCGCCCCCGACAAUCCUCCCGCCCUGUGCUGAACCCCAGGAGGCACCCUUUCCCUACAACCACUACAACCACUACCAUCCGCAUGGGCCAGCAGGGCAGCAGGGUGGGCGCCGCAGAGUGCCGCAGCAGCAGGGUGCUGUGACGCCGCCCUUGCAGGGCGUUGCUUACGACACCCUCUGGGAGGCCCUCGGCUCCUCCGACCAGCAGCGAAUCCAGAACUGCCACGUGGCAGUCGCCCGCACACUCUACACAGCUGUCAAGGACAGCUGUCUGGUCUCCGCCGCCCCCUUCCAGCCGCCCCUCCCCUCUGCGGCCCAAUCCUCUGCGCCCGCCCUCCUCGCCCCUGCCGCCCGGCUGCGCCUCGUGGCGUUUCUGUGCACGCUGAUGGGCGGCGAGGGGGCGGCGCAGCGCGUGCAGGGGUGCAUCUACACACACCACGCGUCCAGACGCCAGCUGGUGACGCUGCAGCAGCUCAGCACCGAUGUGCCGUGGGCGCAUGCCAAUGGCGUCCCAACGCCCCUCUCCCACACGCAGCAGGCGCGCUUCACAGCCAUGCUGCUCGCCGCACUCGACUCCCUGCUCGCCCUUCCCCCCUCACGCCUGGCGGCCCUCUCGCGCCUCCUCCACACGCUCGACCCGGCAGUGGUGCUCCCCUCCCUGCCGCCCUGUGGGAACGCGGUGGGCCCCACGCUGCUGUGGGUGCCAGGAGUGGUGCUGAACACGACGGUGGCCGUGGGGGAGAAGGUCACGUGGCUGUGGGCUGAUGGGCUGCCUCAUGCGCUCACAUUGACCAACCCAAGCGCGGCCCAGCCAGUCCCAUGGCACGGCUUUGGCACGGGGCAGCUGGUGGUGGCAGCAGGCACGGAGUGUGCGAGUGACAACGUGGGCACGCUGCCUGCUGCUGCGGACGACUCUGACCGCGCCACUGCUGCUGUGCACCUGCUGUGGGCCGCACACGUCCCCCUGCCCUGCUCACUCUCCAUCCCUGGCGACCCUGAGGUCUUCUCUGUCUCAGCAGUGCUGCUGGCCCCCGGCACCUACCGCUACCACUGCACGCGCACCGGCCGCCUCAUGCCCGGCCUCCUCUCCGUGCUGCCUGCCCCUGCUGCCUCUGCCGCCACUUCCUCUUCUUCCCAAUCGCCCUCUACCGCCACCCUUGCUGCAGCCCUCACAGCAGCAGCAGCAGCAGCAGCUGCCCCUGGCCCCCCAUCUGCUCCAUCUGCUCCCUCUGCUCCAUCUGCUCCCUCUGCGCCACCUACUGCUGCUGUCUCGCCAGCAGCGGCAAUGAUCCCAGCGCCCCUGGCGGUGCAGUGCGCACCAUGCUGCAUCUGUGCUCACGCCACACCAUGCUGCAUCUGUGCUCACGCCACACCAUGCUGCAUCUGUGCUCACGCCACACCACUCGCCUGCUCAAACCCCUCGCACAUCCUCAUCUCUCCCCACCACGGGCCCCCAUGCCCUCCCUGCGUGCUGUCUCAUGAGGGACCACCCACCAACGCCACCACACCCGGCAACUCCACAACGAACAGCACAGCAGGCGGCACCGUGCGCGGCGUGGCAGCGUCGCCGCUGGGCGUGCUGGUGGCGGAGAGGCAGCAGGUGGCGCAGGCGCGGUACGUGGCAGCGGAGCGCAACCGCCUCCUCAUCGGUCUCUUCCUCGAACAGACCCGCACUGAUGGCGGGCCAUGCCGCCCCUCCAGGUUCCUGAGCCUCUUCCCCUACUGUGCCAACAGCACCUCCCGGCAGCCAUUCGGGAUCAACCCGGCAUUCCUCCCCUCCUCCUCGCUCUACGACCCUGACGCUGCAGCCGCCCUCGCUUCCUCCACCAACCAGUCCGUGCCGCCCGUUGCCGGCCAAUCCGAAUCCUCAGUUUCGGGCGGCAGCAGCAGCGCCGUCAGCCAAUCAGGAAGCGGCAGCACUGUAGCGCCUGUAAAUUCCACGGAGCUGCGGGCGUUUCAGAACCACAGUGUGCCGUACGGAUUUUCGCCCAUACAGCCGGACAAGGCGGCGUUCCCCGUCCUGUUUGACGUGAAUCUGGACAGCGGGGCGGCUGCCGCCCGGCUGCAGUACCUCAUGGACGGCUUCUUUAUCGACAAUGCCACCCGCACCAUCACCGCCCAGAUGCUCACUUACAAUGGGGAGAGCCAUCUCUUUGUGCUCACUCGAGUGCGCUUCAUCUUUCAGGUGGGAGGGCAGAUAGCAGUGAAGUACGAGAUAGAGCCGGUGAACGUGGAUGUGUUUCGAACGGAGGGCGACUGGGUGCAGCUGGGGGUGACGCUCGUGUAUGUCAUUGCUGUGAUGUGGAACCUACUCGAAGAGGCCAGAGAGGCCUUCGGGCUUUGGCUUCAAACAGGCAAGAUGUGUUCAUACUUCCGGUCGCUCUGGAACUGGCUGGACGUGCUCUCCCUCACCAUCCAGUUCUCCGGCAUCAUCAUCUGGUUCAUCAUAUCGAUACAGCUGUCUGGGCCGUUCUCAGUGCAGGCGCGCUACAACAUCUACACUUCCCUGGGCGACACACCCUUCCCCUGGCAGAUAGUAUACCCGCCGCCAACACAGUACCUGGCAGCAAUGAGUGUGUACAAUCAGAUAGAGCACAUCGUCUCCUGGCGCUCCAUCUGUGUCGCCCUGCAGGGCAUCAACGUCUUCCUCAUGACCCUGCGCCUCCUCAAGCUGAUGGACUUCCAGCCGCGCAUCUCCAUCCUCACUCGCACCAUGGCAGCAGCCCUCCCCUCCCUCGGCCACUUCCUCCUCCUCUGGGCCAUCGUCUUCGUCGGCCUCUCCGUCUACGCCUAUGCAGUCUUCGGCCGAACCCUGGAGCAGUUCAAUACGCUCGCCAUGUCGCUCGUCUCCUGCUUUCUGAUUCUGAUUAAUGAUAACUCCACGGGGUAUUAUUUCAUUCAGCUGGAGGGGUGGCCGCUGGCGGCAGCGAUGGUGUUCUGGAUCGCGUUUGUGGGGGUGAUGGUGUUUGUGCUGCUCAACGUGCUCAUUGCUAUCGUGGUCGAUGCGAUGAUGGAAGUGCAGAAAGAGUCGGAGGACUCGCCGUCCUUCUUCCUGGACAUGUGGCGUGUGCUCCGCAGCUACGCCAUCCGCUGCUCCUCGCGCUACUGGAAGCCGGGACGCCUGCAGAGGCACCUGCUUGCUCUGGGGGCAGAGGACGACAAUCAGAAGGUCUCUGGGUUUGCCCACUCCAUGCGGGUCAUCCGAGGCAGCUUCAGCGAUCUCGACAGCUGCUUCAGCUUCCCUAGAACCUGCCCCCAACCAGACCUGAGCCGCCCGCGCCGGGUCUUCCGAGUCAACUCCCGGAGCUACACGGCCGAUAACCUAUCAAGGGUGCUCGAGCGCCGCCUGCAGCGCUGCCCUGCGAGUUCGUCCUCCCGCCGCUUCUCGUUGCUCAAGGGCGAUUCGGAAAGGACGGAGCAAGGGCCAGGCAUCAAGCCAGAGAGGAUGACAGAGAUCAUACUGGCACAGUUUGGGGAAGAGAUGGGGUCAGUGGUGCGCACUCCAGGGCAAGGCACCGACGAGGAUGCAGAUUUUGAGCUUAUGAAGAAAAGCACGACGGUGUCGUCAGAAGGGCUGGCGGAGCUUCAAGGGGAGGUGCAGAUGCAGCGCCGGGCUCUUCGCCACCUGCAGCGGCAGCUCACCAAUCGAGACCUCCGGUUGGAAGAGCAGACAGCUGAGUUACAGCGCCAGCUGGCGCAACAGCAUCAGCUCCUGCUUCGUUUGGUCAACUCGAGGAGUUAA